AUGGAGUCCCCGAAAGUAUCCGCCAUCACAACAGAAGAACCCUGCUGGUACACUCCAAUUUUAAAAUUCCUCACAAAAGGGGAAUUACCCUCCGCCAGAGGCGAGGCCCAGAAGAUACAAACAAAGGCAUUACAAUAUGAGGUCAACAACAGCGUCUUAUACAGGAAGUCGUAUUUGGGACCACUAUUACGGUGUGUAUCCCUAGCGGAAACCAAGUACUUGAUCCAAGAAAUACACGUUGGUAUAUGUGGCAUUCACGCCAGACCCCAAGCAGUUGUCGCCAAAAUCCAAAACGCUGGAUACUAUUGGCUUGGGAUGCAUGAAGACGCGUUAGACGAACUCAGAAAAUGCCGCAGCUGUAAAAAAUUUGCCCCACAAACACCCCGCCCUAAGAAAAACUUGAUCCCCGUUACAGCGGCAUGGCCUUUUCAAAAGUAG